AUGGGAGGCAUGUUCAGCAGAGUCUUGGGAAAGUUGUGGGGUGAGAGGGAAGUUCGAAUACUAAUCUUGGGUUUAGAUGGUGCCGGUAAGACGACAAUACUAUACAGACUACAGAUCGGUGAAGUUGUGACGACAAUUCCGACCAUCGGAUUUAAUGUCGAAACAGUCACAUACAAGAAUGUCAAAUUUCAAGUAGAUUCAGUGGAUCGUGAUCGUAUUGCUACAUCACGGGAGGAGUUACAUGCAAUGCUUGAAGAGGAAGAAUUAAGAGAGGCUGCACUAUUAGUGUUUGCAAACAAACAAGAUAUGACCGGAGCUAUGAGUGCGGCUGAAGUGUCCGACUCGCUCGGAUUGGGCACUCUAAAAAGUCGGCAGUGGUCCAUAUAUAAAACGAGCGCUGUAAGAGGGGAUGGUUUAAAAGAAGGACUCGAUUGGUAA